UGUUCUGAACCAAGCUGUAAUAGAUACUUUAACUGUCGUUCUUCUUAUCGCAACCAUAUAAAAACUCACAAUAAUAUAAUUGAAAACCUUCUUCAAGAAGCUACUAUAGAAAGGAGAAGUAAUAUACUAAGAAAUGUGCAGCAAGCUAAUCAAUGGAAUAGUGGUUUUGUAUUAGGUUUUAGAGGAGAAAUAGAAAAUAUUGAACCAGGAUUUGAAGAACAUAUGGAUUAUGAAAUAGACAAAAUAACAAAUGGUUUAGAGUUUGAUUAUAGCGAAGAAAGAAAUGAUAGAAUUAAUGAGCAGAUAAUAGAGAAAUAG